AUGUUUAACAAAGACUUGGUACUAGCCAAUUGCACUGACCUUAACCCAUGGAACUGGCAGUGCGGCAUAGUUCCAAACCACGGGUACGGCAACGCAGCGACGGAAUUUGCCAGAACCUUACCGGGAACUCUUUCUUCAUCUUGGUACCGUACCAAUCAAUUCUCCCUAGAACUAAUAUUUCACCACCGUAUGUUGCAUCACAAAUGCAGAACAAUGGAGCCAAAAUCUGCUACGGCAUUCUACAUACCAUUUUACGCUGGACUUGCUGUUGGGAAAUUCUUGUGGGGCAAUGACACUUCUAAAAGGGACUGGCAUUGCCGUAUGAUGCUUCAAUGGGUCAAGAAACAAAAGUCCUGGCAAAGAUCCAACGGCUCAGAUCAUUUCAUGGCGGUAGGUAGAAUUACAUGGGAUUUUCGCCGGUUGACGGAUCCCGGCAAGCUCUGGGGUUCCAGCUUUCUGAACAUGCCGGAGAUGCAACAAGUUACCCGCUUCACAAUAGAGAAAGCUCCAGGGGACUACUACGAUGUGAGUGUACCCUAUCCCACCGGAUUCCACCCCAAAACAAAGAAACAUCUCCUAGAAUGGCAAAACUUCGUGCGUUACUACAAUCGGACCAGUCUCUUCACCUUCAUCGGGGCAAAACGCGACGAGGUAAAGAACGAUUUUAGAGGGCUUUUACUAAGUUACUGUUACAACCAGUCGGACUCGUGCCGAGUGGUAGACUGUGGAGUGACUCAGUGUUCCACCGAUUCAUCCGCGAUUCAUAAAGCAUUACUCGGGUCCCAUUUCUGUCUGCAGCCGAGGGGGGAUAGUUUUACUCGGCGGUCGGUUUUUGAUUGCAUGGUGGCCGGUUCGGUUCCAGUUUUUUUCUGGAAGAGGACAGCUUAUGAUCAAUAUGAGUGGUUCUUGCCCACUGACCCGAAAAGUUACUCGGUGUUCAUAGACCACGAGGAUGUGAGGAAUGGGACAUCGAUAAAAGAAGUUUUAAUGAGGUACAGUGAACAGGAGAUCAGGAGGAAGAGAGAGAAUUUGAUAGAGGCAAUUCCCAGGAUUAUUUAUGCAAAGCCUAAUAAGGGAUUGGGAAGUUUUAGGGAUGCAUUUGAUAUAGCUGUUGAUGAGGUUUUGAGGAGGAUCAAGCUGGAAAAAGAAUGGGCUGAUUUUGUGGGAUGA